AUGGGACUCAACUGCGCUGGGAAAUUUGGGAAGAUCUUCCUCAUCGUCCUGAAUAUAUGUUUCAUGUUGCUUGGACUAGCUUUACUAAUUCCCGGGGUGUUAGUACAUAUAAACGCAGACUAUGUCAAUGAGAAUAUACUACCUCUGAUGAGUACAUUCACGUUUGGAGGGAUCUCAUUAGCUGGUGCCGCCCAGGGGCUUUCUAUAGCUUUAAUCGUUGUUGGGUCGGUCAUAUUUCUCAUCGCCAUCAUUGGGAUUCUGGGAGCAUGCUGUGGCUGGAGGAUGGCACUCAUCAUAUACGCUACAGUGGUGCUUGUUCUGUGGGUUACCCAGCUUGUGAUUGUUUGCCUCUACAUCACCAUGAAGGAUAAGAUCAACACCGAGGUUAAGUCACAGAUGCUUGAUCAGUUGCACCAGAAUUACAUCGCAGACGAGCUGAGCACUCAAAACACGUCUACCUCCUCUAAAAUAUCGACCGCUUGGAACUAUCUCUUCAUUCAGCUUAAAUGUUGCGGUGUCAAUCCUGUGUCAUUACUCAGUAAUGACUUUGACGAGACACAAUGGAGAAAAUCCGACCCAACGAUGUCGGCACGAAUUCCCAAGUCCUGCUGUGGCGCAACUGAAGCCAACUAUCUGGUCUUUAGUAAUCCGCAAUGUACUGAUUCACUCGUCACAGGAUAUUACGUCACAGGCUGUUUUGAUGCUCUCUAUUUGCUCAUCGACCGUUACAACGUCGCAUUCAUCGCCAUCGGAGUCAUCACUCUUGUCGUGCAGGGAGUUGCUAUUGCCUCAGCUUGCCUGAUAUAUAGACAGAUGACAAGUCAUAGCCAGUUCGCUUAGUACAUACAGAUCGAACUUCUUGUGAAGACAUCUACGGACAUAACCAACAUGAACGCCCAUUAAGGAGGAACAGCCAUUUAUCUGGAUUAAUUAAAGCAUUUCCAACAUGAACGCCCAUUAAGGAGGAACAGCCAUUCAUCUGGAUUAAUUAAAGCAUUUCCAACAUGAACGCCCAUUAAGGAGGAACAGCCAGUUAUCUGGAUUAAUUAAAACAUUUCCAACAUAAACGCCCAUUAAGGAGGAACAGCCAGUUAUCUGGAUUAAUUAAAACAUUUCCAACAUAAACGCCCAUUAAGGAGGAAUAGCCAGUUAUCUGGAUUAAUUAAAACAUUUCCAACAUAAACGCCCAUUAAGGAGGAACAGCCAGUUAUCUGGAUUAAUUAAAACAUUUCCAACAUAAACGCCCAUUAAGGAGGAAUAGCCAGUUAUCUGGAUUAAUUAAAACAUUUCCAACAUAAACGCCCAUUAAGGAGGAAUAGCCAGUUAUCUGGAUUAAUUAAAACAUUUCCAACAUGAACGCCCAAUAAGCUAUAAACAAAUGAACAUAAUCCUAAUGAAAAACAACUGGCAUUAAAAAAGGUUUUAUACAAUUUUCACGCUAUAUAUAGACGUCUGAGCAACAGUAAAUGUAUUUAUAUUUCUGU